CGGCGCCGCUGAUUGGACGGCCUUCGGUCGGCAGGGGGGGAAGGUUGGAGCAACAGGAAGAUGGCGGGGAUUAAAGCUCUGGUUGGUUUAUCCUUCAGUGGUGCCAUUGGCCUGACUUUUCUCAUGUUAGGAUGUGCUCUUGAACAAUAUGGAGUUUACUGGCCACUGUUUGUGCUGAUAUUUUACGUCCUGUCACCUAUCCCGAACUUUAUUGCACGAAGAUUGGGUGAUGACACCGAUGCAGCAAGCAGUGCCUGUCGUGAGCUUGCGUAUUUUUUCACCACGGGGAUCGUUGUUUCUGCCUUUGGGCUCCCGGUAAUUCUUGCUCGAGUGUCAGUGAUCCAGUGGGGAGCCUGUGGACUCGUGCUGGCAGGCAAUGCUGUAAUCUUUCUCACUAUUUUGGGCUUUUUCCUAGUGUUUGGUAGAGGGGAUGACUUUAGUUGGGAGCAGUGGUAGUGUUGAGAUGGACCCUGGAUAUGAUGACCCUUUGAUUGGCAUUGAAGCUGAACUUGCUGAGACUCCCAACUUUAAAGUACAGUGUACACUAUCUGCAAGUAUAACAUUGAAAAGUAACUAAAAUCAUUAAGACCCAAAAUUCAUUAAUGUGCUUAAUUUAGUGAGUUCACACCCUAGCUUUUUACUAAACUGUCUAAUACCCAAAAUGGCAAUUUUUUCGUAAAGAAAAAGAGGGUCCCUGCAUACAUUUACUCAUGUGGACCAAUAAACAGAACGAAUUAUAGGUUGCCAUCUACUCAGUUGAGAGAAGAAAAUACUACUUGGCGCCUUGAAACUUGCAUCAGAUUUUUUGUUAAUGCACCUUAUAAAUAAAACAAAAACUAACAGAAAAGUUCUGGUGUGAUGAGUACAUGGUUAUGUCAAUUGUAAUUGACUGGAUUUAUCAUUUUCCCCCCUUUGGAGGUACAGGAAGAUAUAAAUCUGUCAAGUAGUUAGUUAUUUAUCUUGCCUCACUUUAGGAAGAUGACCAUAACUAUUGACAUGGAAUUUAGCUUGGUGUCAGAACUUUUUAAAGUGCAUCUUAUCAACUAUAUAUUUGUUCCUAUGAAUAAAAUGCCAUCAUUUAUUCCUUUAGAAGUCUCAGUCUUUGCCAUUUUGUUAUGCUUGUACAGAUUCAUAAAGAGCCAGAUUGUAUUAUUUAAAAUGCAAAGUAUUUAAGAUCUUCAGGAUCUUUUUCUUUGAGAAUCUAUGUGCAAGUCAAAGGGUUUGAAUUGUUAAGCAACAGUAGCACUACUCAAAAUCUUGACAACUUUUGUAUUGUAAUAAGUGUUCUGCCCUUUCUAAUACCUACGGGCUCAUAUUUUGAUUGUCUCCAUGAGGAAUAUACUGUGCCCAGUUCAAACAGACUUGAAAUGUAAAUGUCUGGAAGGUAGUUGAUGGGAUAAUGGCAAAUUGCCUAUUUGUCAAUAAUAAUAUGACAGUAAAUUACAGAUGGACAUGCUGGUUAUUGUGUACUCCGAGAUGGGUUUAAUUUCAUCAUUAAACCAGGCCCAAAGGUCCAUGUAUAAAUGCAACAUUAAAUGCCAUACUAAUUUGUUGCAUCUAAUUGCUACUAUGCUUUACCUAUUGGUGUUGAUAACAUUUAUUGGUGGGGUUUUUUUCAUAUGGAACCAAAUAUAUGAAAUUCAUUAAAUUUAAAUCAUGUGACCAUCUUCCAACUUUCUGUAUUUGUUUCCCAGAUUGAUCUUGCAACUUGCAGGCUAGUCCAUAGGGGAAGCUUUUUGUUUUGGGGGAGGCUUUGACUACACAUUAUAGCAUAUGUCAGAUGAAAUUAUAAAUGGUUAGAGUUUGAUAAUAUUAGAUGAAUGUCCUAUGUGUGUAUGAUAUUUGUCUCCUUAUUUAAUGCAGGCAUUAAGUAUUUAAAAGCAUGCUUUCUAUAUCAAUACAUUAAUAUUGCCCAAAACCAAUUUUUGGCCUUGUCCUUUAAAAUGUAUCCAAAAUCUAAUUGGACAAAACAAUUCUGCAGAGAGCUAUCUUUCCAUUGUGUUGUUUGUCUCUUUGAUAUCUUAAAUUAUAGUCUCUAGAAAAGCUAAAUUGUAAACCAAAUAUUUAUCAAAUGUUAAAGUCGGGUGUAAAGUAAAUUGGGGAUGAAGAUUAUGCAUGUCUUAACUAAUGGCAUUUUGUCAUUGCCCAUAUAAAAACUGAAAUAGUGUAAAAUAAUUAACACUUUUAAUUUGUAUGCUGAUGGGACACAGCUCAUAAAUCAAUUCAAAAGAUAGACACAAAAUGCUGGAGUAACUCAGCGGGACAAGCAGCAUCUCUGGAGAGAAGGAAUGGGUGACGUUUCAGGUUGAGACCCAAAACAUCACCCAUUCCUUCUCUCCAGAGAUGAUGCCUGUCUCCAUGAGUUACUCCAGCAUUUUGUGUCUAUCUUCGGUGUAAACCAGCAUCUGCAGUUCCUUCCUACUCAUAAAUCAAUUCCUUACCUUCAGAUUGUUGAAUGUUACACUGUUGGUAACUGGUUUUAACUAUUCACGUUCAUUUGAUAUAAUAAAACAUUCAAGAAUAACAUUGAUGAAUAACUUUCAAAUUUAGAAGACUUGGUUUUUUUUAAAUAGACUUUUUGUGGAGGCAGAAUUUUUAAAUGGGUUUCCCCUAUUGGUUGAAGUUUCUUAUUAUGACUAUGUAAGAAUAUUGUAAGCUUCAAAUGCCAUAAAUUGCUUUUAAACUUUUGUACGUGAAUUGUUUAUUGUCAAUAAAUUUUCAACACUUUUUUUCCACUUCACACACUGUAAAUUAAACUAAUUGUAAAACGAUGAAUGAAGUUAUUAUCUCAAAUUGAUUCUUAUACUUUUGUGUUUGAAUUUAAAUAUAUGUUAAUAAAAUGCUUUUUUUUGGUUA